AAUUCUCUCUUGUAGACACUUUUUUCUUUAUCCUUUUCUCUGCUAUACUAUAUCUUUUUACUCAAAAAGUUUCAUGGAUAGAACUAGAGAUAGAGAAACUCAAGAUUUCAUGAACGUUGAGUCUUUUUCCCAACUACCCUUCAUGAGGCCAACAAAAGAAAAGGCUGCAAUUAGGCUUUUUGGCAAAGAAUUAUCAGGUACUACUGGUCAUGAAGAUCAAUCAAACGACAAUCAUGAUAGUAUUGGAGAAAAUGGAGAAAUAAUUAGCAAUAACAGAAAAUUUGAAUGUCAGUAUUGCUGCAGGAACUUCCCAACAUCACAAGCCCUAGGUGGACAUCAAAACGCUCACAAAAGAGAGCGUCAACAUGCCAAGAGAGCUCAAUAUGCAAAAUAUGAUCAGUACAACGCUUAUUUUAAUUCAGCGUUGUACACCACUAGUAGUACUACUAGUGGUCAUCAUCAUGUGAAUAAUAACGGCUAUAGCCAUUAUUAUUCGCAACAAAUUAUUCGCGAUAUAAAUGAAAAUCAUCGUUCAUUGGCAACGUUAUGGAGAGUACCUCCUGCAGCUCAUGUUCAUCAUAGUAGUAACUCUUAUUCAGCUCCUAGUGUUUCUAAUUUUGUUAGGCCAGUGUAUAAUGUUAAUGCAGAUUUGAAGAAGAACACAAAUAAUAGCUCGAUUUCUGUAACCAGAUUUGGGUAUGAAUUGAAGGAAGGAGUUCAUCAAGAUCAUGUGAGUUUAGAUCUACACUUGUAAACAAAAUUAAUCCAAGCUGAGAGUCUCUGUUUCAA